AUUUGUUUUCCUUUUAAGUUUUGAAACUCUUAGAUUAGUUGCUGAAAUGUCAGAGUCACGGCAUGAAUUGGUUGCGUGGCUAAACCAGUUAACUAAUUUGAAUAUUACGAAAGUAGAAGAAUGUGGAAAAGGAUAUGUUUAUGCGCAUGUGUUUGAUUCAAUAUAUGGCGGUGUUCCUUUUAGGAAAAUAAAUUUUAAUUGUAACAAUGAAUAUCAAUAUCUUCAGAAUUGGAGAGUGAUUCAAUGCAUAUUUACACAACAUAAGAUUGAUAAGGUUAUUUAUGUGGACAGACUUGUAAAAUGUAAAUUUCAAGAUAAUUUGGAAUUUCUUCAAUGGGUUAAAAAGUUUUGGGAUCAGCAUUUUAGUGGUGCGGAAUAUGAUGCUAUAGGAAGAAGAGGGGGGAAAAUUGCUAGCUCUUCAGGAUAUUCUGUAGGGUCUUCUGCUUUACAUGAGCAGUCAAGUCGAAAAGUAUCUACAGUUAGUACUACGUCUACACGUAUUUCUUCGAAUCCAAGUGUUGCUUUUUUAAAUUCUCAAAUACAGACUUUACAAGAAAAUGCAGCAGGAUUAGAAAAGGAAAGGGAUUUUUAUUUUAAUAAGUUACGAGAUAUAGAAAUUCUCGUUCAGAGUGCCAUCGAUGCAGAUCCAUCGGCUGCUCAAAAUGAAGAAAGUCUUUUAAGACAAAUACAGAAUAUAUUAUAUUCUAUAGAGGAAGGAUUUGAAGUCCCUGAUUUAAAUGGAGACGAAAUUAAACAGAUGAAUAAUCUUGAAAUAGAAGAUGAUACUUUUUAAGAUCAAUUUUUGUGUAAAAGCAUUUUAGCUAUUGUACA